AUGCCUGACGUCAGGGAGAAGGUCAUCACAUUGAGGGUAACGUCUGACGCUCUGACUGUCUUUGCCGCGAGGAUGGCGCGGAAGCUGCCGCGGUUGGAAAGGCUCGCAAUGUUCGGUGAAUGGGCGCCGGGCUUAUUCCACCUCGGCGCGGCGGACAUCUUCCUUUACUUGACAACAUUCACAUCCGUCACGUAUCUCCAGCUCAGCACCGCCCACUCUCUGACAGCCAUAACCUUCGGACGUCUCAUUUGCGCACUCCCGGGUCUGUCUCACUUAUCCUGCCGUGAUUUGGCUUUCAGCGCUAGAUCCGGCCUUAUAUCUGGCUCGUUUCUCAUGCGCCGGAAGCCUGUCACUGAUCUUGAGCUUAUUCGCUCAGAUGAUGUGGCGGAGUUCUUUGCUACAAGCAAAAUGGCAGUAUCCCUCACGAGAAUUUCUUUUGUGGGUCGGGUGAGCCAGUCCCUGCGGCAAAUGCUCCUUGCUAGCGAAUCGCUUCAAAGCCUGAUCUUAACAAUUCCCGAUCUUGGUCCAGACGUUAUUUUGCAAGACAAUACCAACCUCGAGGCACUAACAGUGAACAGGCAAUAUUUGUCUGAAUGGACGAAUCUAUUAUUUCCAGCAGCACAAUCAUUGAGGCUGUCCCAUGUACAUCUUGUCUGUCGCGACCCGCUUACCCUCGCGAUAUCGUAG